CAACAACCAACAACAUAUUUACCAUUUUCAAUGGUUGCCUGGUCUCCCGCCACUUUGCUUCUUCACCAUUCUUCCUCAUCCAGCUUUAUAAACUCGAUCACGAUAUGAGCCUCAGCCCACGAGAACCUGAUGCGGAGGAAAUUGAGAGGAACUGGAAUGCGAUUUGGGAGAGUCGCGUCAAGGAGCUCCCUCUGCUCCCCGAUCCUCGACCUCGUGCACUGACGCCUGAUCCCUUUCCCAACUCUGACUCUGCUUCCAAGCAGGCGCCGCGACCUUUAUAUCAAGAGUCUUCCUCUUGGUUCAAGGUGCCUCCCAACAUCCGACGAGAUAUUCUUCGACUUGCCUUUGGAGAUACACGUCUUCAUAUGUAUAUGGAGUAUGGCUAUCCCGAUGUUCCUCGAGAACAAGAAUCAAAAUUCCAUUGCAAGAUAGUCGUCGGACCAGGAGACGAUGCCAAAGAAGAGUUUCGCAUUGUCGACAAGAGCCAGCCAACGACAUGGCAUUGGUGGGGUUCAAGGUGUCAUCGUUUCCUUCCCAUAUCAACAAAAGAAAUAGGACCUAUGACUCGCAAGGGACUCGAAGGACCUUGGGAUGACUGUUGUCGUGAUGGCGGUAACCAUCGUCUCUGCAAGAUUUGGAGAAUGCAAGAGGGGCCUUCUGCAUGCCAUAUUGGGAUAAUGGGUUGGCUGCUAUCUUGUCGCCAGAACUACUUCGAGGCUAUCAACGUGCUAUACUCCACCAACACAUUGAUCCUCAACAGCUCGCACAUGAUCACUCAUCUUCCUCAGUUGAUCUUGCCCCAGCGACUAAAGACGAUCACCUCUCUUGAGAUUACCUGGCCGUUAGAGACAAAGUUCACUCCCGAUCAGUCUUACGAUAACCUGAACCAAGAUCACCUUGAAUCUAUCCUGUGCUUGCUGUCUUCGGAAUGGCUCGUUUCACUUCGUCAUCUUUAUGUAUUCUUAGACGAAGAUGAAGCUUGGCUUGGACGGAGUGGUUUAGAUGCCUACUCAGAUAUCAUCUUCGACCACUUGGACUCAUUCGCCCGGCGUAUGACUCACCUGAAUGAAUGUGCUUUUGCGAUUCCGGACUAUUUGUUCGAAUCAAUACACUGCGGUGCCACUACAGUGGAAGUGGAGGAACAGGGAGGAGUCAGUAUGUACUCGCACAAUAAUUCCUACCAACAGGUAUGGCGAGACAUUCACGGAAACAUGACUGCCGUGCAGUUGCCGUACGUUGACAGCUACCCCAAAGCACCGUACAACCUCCCCCAAGGAGAUGAUCAGGUUCCUGGGUAUUGGGUUCUGGAAGUGAACACUCAUAAGGUGCCACAUACUCCCCCUCCACACCUGCAAAUUUGCAGCCUUGGUGGUUGUAAUGGGUCGAGUAGCUAUGAUCAGCUAGAGAGAUUCGGCAGUCCUCUAUCACCACGCAGCGAUCUAUCAGGAUACAGUCCUGCGUCACCACAAUACAGUCCUGUGUCACCACGAUUCAAUCCCCGAUCUCGAACCGGUUCAAAUCAGCCGAGCGUCCCUGAGAUGGGUCAAUGAUAGAGGUCGAAAACAGGUCAGUUGUGCUAUAAAGGGAUUACCUAGUACUGUUGUCAGAUUAGAAGUUUAAACAUCUAAAUGGGACGGACGAAAUAGAUAGCUUUUUGCACAGCUAAUCCAUUUCUUAUAAAGACCAGGGAGGCUAUGAAAUGUGAUACGCUUUAUGUAUGUCAUGCGAUGCUCCUUUCGUUAAGAGACCC